CUCGCAAACACCAACCAUGGCCAAGAUGGUUCUAAUUUGCCGUAUGAUUAUAUUAUCAUUGGUUCAGGUAUUUCUGGGACCAUGAUUGCUUACAAUUUGCUCAAAAAAUUUCCUAAGCGCCGCAUAAUGAUGCUCGAGGCGCGCGAGAUAUGCAGCGGAGCAACAGGUCGCAACGGAGGUCACACAAAAGCGGCAAGCUACCGGUCGUAUCUUCAGCACACCGAAGAGUCAGGGAAAGAGGAAGCGCUGAAGGUCGCGAGGUUGGAAUACGACACCAUUAUCGAGACACACCGCCUGGCGGAAGAGCUGAAGAUCGAUUGUGAGAACGAGUUGUGUAAAACUGUGGAUAUCGUCUACGACAAGUCUACUUUUGAGCUUGGAAAGAUAGCCGUCCAUGCCUUACGCGCGGAUGCAAAAGAUGAGGAGAAGGCCGAAGGCAAGAUGGCCUGGUACAACAUCCGGGAGAACGUUGAGACUAUUAGCAAGCACUUCCGAAUUAGUGCUAAGAACGAGAAUCCCGUCAUUGAAGAUGAUGAGACAGUAGCUGGCUCAUUCGAGUAUACUGCAGGAAGGUUAAACGCGUACCGAUUCACCACAGGCGUACUGACUGAGUGUGUCAACAUGGGCCUGCGAAUAUGCACGAACACACCGGUGCUCGAAAUCAAGCCUGGAAUGGAUGCGUCUAACUUCAUGUGGGAUGUGGUCACCUCCGAGGGUUGUGGCGCCUUUUUGGCGCUCAGUGUGAUUCUUGCUACGAAUGGAUACACGCCUCUGCUCGAGAAAUCGCUCCAAGGAAAGAUCGUACCGAUGCGCGGUCAGAUCAUAGCGCAGAAACCUGGAACGAAAACAGCAUUACCGACGCCACUGCCAACAACCUUCUCCUUCAUCUACAAGAAUGGGUACGAAUACAUGAUUCCCCGACCACUUCCAGACGGAGGCCAGGAUAUCGUCAUCGGUGGCGGCCUCGGCCGUCUGCCUCAGGCUGGGGCAAGUGAGUUUGGCACUGUCGACGACGGCUCGCUCAAUCCUGAGAUAUCAAAGUAUCUCCAAUGCAGUCUUGUUGGGUUCUUCGGCGCCAAAAACUGGGGUGAGACCAGUGGCGAGGAAGCUCCAGACCAGAUUGUCCAAGAAUGGACCGGCAUUAUGGGCGUAACAGCCGACGGAAGACCGUUCGUGGGCAAAGUACCAGGAAAUAUGGACUCUAAGUGUCUUCCCGAGAGGAACGGCAUCGAACGGGAAGUACCCCUAAGGAAUCUGUGGAUAUCUGCAGGCUUCAACGGACAUGGCAUGGUGUUGUGCUUGAAGUCGGCAGAAGCACUUGUGAAGAUGAUCGAGAAUGAUGGGCCAGGACGGGUCAACGAUGGACCGGUAGAUAUGAGGGAUUUGGAUUGGUUUCCGAGAAGUUUCCUCAUCACCGAAGAGAGGCUCGCCCAGUGCCAGUUCAGAGGACGGACUGAUCUUCUGCCACAGGACUGAUUGGUGGAGAACUCAUAUAUAGCCUACAUGUUCCAUUCGUUGACCAUGUCUUCUCCUGUCAAUCCAGCGAGA